AUGUUUCAGCGCCUUCGCGACGCCAUCGACUCUCGCAUUGCAGAGGAACAAGCCCGCCAAAAGUCCGCCCAGGACAACAUCUCCCGCUCCAAUUCGGCGCGCCGUCCGCCCAGCUCAUCCUCUGCCCAACGGUCCCGCCCGAGACGCAAUACCGGGACCCCCGUGAGAGGCCCCGACCCCAAGGAGUUCGAAGCCGAGUUCACCAUCGGGGAUGACGAUGAGUCCAGCCGCCCUGAAACUCCUCAACUUGACACACCAGGGACCACCUCGGAGGUAGGCACCAACGACGAGAGCGCAGAGAUGGAAAACAAACCCGCCGACGCCCCGGAGAAGGAGGCAGAGAAGCAGCCGAAGGAGAAGGAGAAGGAGACACCGGCGGAGCUUCCGCCCGACGUGCGAGCGAAACUCCGACGACUCGAUAAGUUGGAGUCACGAUACCAUGAAUUGCUCAAAGCCUAUCGCAUGGCCCAUUCGCGCGUCCUCUCCAUCGAACCCUUCGAAGCUGCGCUGCGCGAAAACACUCCCCUCACGUCCAUCGGCGAGCCGAAGGCUUUCACAGAAUACCUCAAUCAAUCCACCUUGAAAAGCGACAUGGUCAUGGACGAGUUGAAGCGUGUCACCGGGGAACGUGAAGAGUUCCGAAAAAAGUUCGAGGAAGCGGAGAAGGCCACUCAGGACACUUUGGCAGAGGUGGCAGGUUUGAAGGAAAAGAAGGCGGAGACCGAGACCAAGGGAGCCGACAAGCCAGACGAGACCGAGACCAGCGAAGAGUUCUUUUCGUUCGAGAAUGAAGUUCCCCGACUGGAAGGCGAGCUCAAGACAAAGCAAGAGGAAGUUGAUAACCUCAAGGCCGAGGUCGAAAGACUGAAGCGCGAUAUGUCUGUCACUCGUGAGUCCACCGAAGGCAUGGUCCAGAACCUGGAGACCGCCACCCGCGAACUUGUGGAGUUGCGCGAGACCAAGGAUAAGCUCGAUGCCGAGAUCGAAACCUUGCGAACAUCCAAGAGUGCCGACGUCGACGAUUUGAAAGCCAAGCUCGCCACCGCCGAGUCCUCUCUUGAAUCUACGGCAUCCGAGGUCGAAAAGCUGAAGUCGCAGCUGAAGGAAAAGAGUCAGGAAAUCGAGAAGCUUGAGAAGGCGACCUCCGAGAAGGCAGAGCCAGAUUCCGAUCUGAUCGCCCAGCUAGAAGCGUCUAAGGAGGAGAAAACUUCAAACGAGAAGAAACUCACUGUGCUCCAAGGUCUGGUUGACGACCUCAAGUCUCAGCUCAAGGAUACCGAAUCCACCAUCUCCAACCUCAAGACCGAAAACCAGGAGAACUCCGACAAGUCUGCCAAGCAGAAAGACCUCUGUGACUUCGUUGACGCGAACUUGAAGACAAAUCCAGCGUGGGUAUCUGCAAAAGAAAAGAUUCUCGCGGGAGAUUCAGCCGAUUUCGACGAGAUCAUCAAGAGCCUUGCACCCACCAAGGAAGAGGCCCCUGCAGUUCCUACUCCCGCCCCUGCUUCGGCCCAAACAGAAUCGCAGCCUGCCCAGCCUGCUUCUACUGCCGGCGGCGCUGGAGGAAAGAAGAAAAACAAAAAGAAGAAGAAGGGCGGCAAGGCAGAGGAGCCGGUGAAGGAGGUCGAGACGACUCAAGCAGAGCAGCCCGCCCAACAGCCAUCUGCGCCGACUAGCAACGAAUUGGAUGAGCUCAAGCAAAAAAUCGAAUCACUCACACAGCAGCUCUCCGAGAAAGAGGCUGCUAUUGAUCGUCUCAGUUCCAAGGUGAAGGGUGAGGACGAUCUGAAGGAAGAAAUUGAGUCACUGCGUGACGACCUCGUGACCCUGGGCCAGGAGCAUGUCACAGCCAAGGACAAGAUCAAGGAGCUUUCCGCAGAGAAGACCGCUCUUGAGGAAACCAUUGGCAAGCUUGAAAAAGAACUGGUCGAUCUCCGCACCAGCAACGCCUCGACCUCGGCUGAUUCGGAGAAGGUACACUCUUCUCUCAAAGAGGAAUUUGAGACUCUCAAGGUCCGCUCUGCUAGCUUGGAGACCGAUCUUUCUGCUGCACAGCAGCUGGCUACUACUCGCUUCAAGGAUCUCACAGAUCUACGCGAAAACCUUCAGAAGAUCCAGCCCGAGCUGCGGAAUCUGCGCGCUGAGUCCGCGGAACUGAAGACCCUGAAGGAGACUCUUAACACCAAGAACUCCGAACUCAAGUCUCUGGAGAGCAAACAUGAAGACUUACGUGCCGAGCUGACGGGCGCAAAGUCCAAGAUCUCAGAACGUGAGACUGAAGUGGGCACACUCAACAAAAAGAUUCGCCAAGAGACCGAUAGUCGCUUGAAUGCUGAGGAGAACCUCACCGUCACUCAGUCAAACCUUCGCUCUGCCGAGAAUAAGAAGCAGGAUGCCAUCAAUGCCCGUGACAAGAUUUCCGGCGAUCUCACCAAGGCCCAAGAUGGGCUGAAGAGUACUCGUACCAAGAUCCGGGAGUUGGAAGAGCAAAUCUCCCAACAGAACAAGGAGCUGUCCAGCCUCCGGGAAGAGAUUCAAUUGAAGACAGCUCAGCACAGCAGUGCCCAGAGCCUGAUGAACAGCAUGCGUGACCAGACCGGUGAAGUUGCCAUGCAGAUGAAGGAAGCCCGUGAGCGGUGCGAAAGUCUAGACGAGGAGCUGGCCGAGGCCCACCGGCUACUCAGUGAGCGAACUCGCGAAGGCGAGACUAUGCGCCGCUUGCUCAAUGACAUCGAGGGUCGGUCGGAGUCCAAGGUGCGGGACUUCAAAGAGCGCAUGGAAGCUGCUAUCGAGGAGCGUGACCGCGCCGAAGACGAGGCCAGCAGCACUGGCCGACGUCGUGCCCGUGAAAUCGAGGAACUCAAAGCCAAGGUCCGCGAGGCCGAGAGGGCUCUUCGGACGGCGGAGCAAGACAAGGAGGACCUGGAGCAAUCCCAGAAGGACUGGCGCCGCCGUCGUGAUGAGCUCGAGUCAGCCUCUGAACAGUCCUCCCAGGAAGUCACGGAGAUUCGCCAGGCUAUGGCCGGCCUCCGUGAAGCGCUUGAUGAAAGCGAAAAGCAGGCCCGUGACCUUGAAAAGGACAAGGCAGAGCUUCGUCGUUCCGUCGAAGAGACGAACAGCCGAUUGGAGAAGCUUCGCCGGUCUCACAAAACCCUCGGAGAGGAUGUUCGCCUGCGUGGUUCUCCCACCGGUCGACAGUCCUCCCGCUCCUCUAUCGACUCUGGAUCUCGUCGGGCUGUUGCGUCGCCCGGCAGAAGCGAGACUCCUGUCGGCCCGCCCAGCAACGCCUCUAUCGACUACAUGUACCUCAAAAAUGUUCUGCUUCAAUUCUUGGAACAGCGGGAUAAGAAUUAUCAGAAGCAACUGAUCCCUGUUUUGGGUAUGCUGCUACACUUCGAUCGAACUGAUGAGCAAAAGUGGAUGUCGGCCAUCAUGUCCAAGUGA